CGCCUCCCGCCCCCGCGGGCCUGACAGGGGCCGGCCGGUCCCGCCCGCCGCCUCCCGCUUCGGAAGGCCCAAACGCAGGUUGGAGCCCCAGGCCCGGCCCCGGUCCCGCCCCGCCGGCAGGCCCUGCCCCGCCUGAGCGGGAAGACGGGAGCGGCGCGGCUGGGAGCGGCACGGAGCGGCUGCCACCAUGUUGUGCGGGGGCACCUCGGCGGCGCGGCCCGCCACCGACGAGACGCAGCAGAUAGCGGACGAGGUGAAACCUCAGAUAGAAGAAAAAGAAGGGAAAACAUUUGAUGUCUUCACUGCAGUGGAGUUUAAAACUCAGGUGGUUGCUGGAACAAACUACUUCAUCAAGGUCCAUGUUGGCAAUGAUGAGUUCAUGCACCUGCGGGUGUUCAGAAGCCUUCCUCACGAGAAUAAGCCACUGAGUCUCCACAGUUACCAGAGCAGCAAGACUAAGCAUGAUGAACUGGCUUUUUUCUAGCACACUUACCUUGUGCAUUUUCCUAAUGGUUUCUUGUAUGCAUUUUCUAUAGGCUGCAAAAUGUUGAUUGCUGUGCCAACAAAGGAAAAAAGGAAGUGUCUUUUUUUUUAAACUUAAUGCUGGAAAAAACCAAUUUCUUUUAUGGCAUCCCCUUCCUGUGCAAUAUCUAAAUUUUAGAGUUACACAGCUCUCCUUUUGCCUACGCUAAUGCAAACCCAAGUAGCUGCACUGACUUCAGUGCAACUUAAUGGGAAUACUGUGGCUGAGUCCUGUUUGUGGACUUCCUUGUUCUGGAAAUUGAAAGGGGAGUGACACUAGCACUCAUGUAUUUACAGCAAGGACCAAGAGGAAAACCAGAAUCUUUUCUGUGCUCUUUCGCAACUCUGAAUAUAUGUGUACUAUGUAUUUUAUUGGCAAAGACCUGAAGAGAGACUUGAGCUGAAGAAAUUUGGAAGGCAGGAGAAAGAGGAGGAUUAUAGUCUUUAUAGUCUUUUGAAACAACCAUUCCCUUGCAAUCGUGUUUAUCCUCUUGCAGCAGUAGGAUAUAAUGUCCAGUAGAGGGUGUAUGAGUUAAAAAAUAAAAAAAAAACAACUUGAUUGUUUUCUCAGUCCUAAGGAAAAGUCCUGGAAAGGAACUUGAGUUGGACAAGCAUUUCUGCACUAAUAAAUAUUUCUCUUGAAUUGA